UAGGGCAAGAAAAUGCAAGUAAUCCGUACCGUGGAGGUUUAAUAUUGUUGCGGCUCCUUUAAGGCUAACUCUGACGUCACCUUUGUUGGAAAAGCUAUUGGCUAUUGCACUUCCGCACAUUUCAAGCAGAGGAGCAUGGCAGAGGAACGGCUUUGGAACAGGGUAAACAUUCCUUACCCCUGUGCAACUUCAAUCGUCCGCAUAAAAGUUGCUCCAAAAACAGUUAGACUCUUCAAAGACCUGCUGCUGAAAAACGACGAUGUCCUGAAGCUCCUUCACAGUAAGUUACUGCAGACGGAGAUCCGGCUUCUCUACGAUCUGAUGCACGUCCUGAACAACAGCUACAGGGGGAACAAGACCUUCAAGGGCCUUCAGCAGGUUGAACAAUGUGUAAACAGACUCAAGACUAUGAAGCUUGACGCUGCUCUUCAGGGGCUAAUAGAACUAUGUCCCAAUCAGUUUCAAAUGGCAUUGUGCGACAAGAAGGGUGACUGUGAUGUUCCGAGUCAACCCAUGCUGGAGUGGACCUGUCUGAAAGUGCUGGGAGCUGGCAAGCUGCUGAGCUGCACUUUGUCUCGCUGCAGCAGAGCUUUCAUAUUAGCAAAGCGGCAGAUGAAAUGGGAGGAGUUUCUCAUCCUGAAUAUGGUGCUAACCAGCAUGCUGAGUCGUUUAUGGGUGUUUUUUCGUGGUUUACUGGUCAGCCUUUGCAGUCUUUACCAGUGGCUCCUGGAACUCCUGAAAGCAGUAGCCCAAGCCAAACCCAUGCCCUUCCUCACCGACACGGUCUUGCCAGCAGAUAUGGCUGAGUUCCUGGGUCCCUCUGAUGCUUUAGUGCUCAAGAAGCAUCCGGCGUUUCACGCUUGUCCUAAAAAUCAGAAAACAAAAUGCCAAACAACAAAGAAAGCUAAAGUCAAAAACAAUAAACAGCAGAUGGCCUUUAAAGAAGACCUUGGGAUGGCUGUGGAAAGAAAAAGAGGUGUUGGUUUUGAUGUUGACGACAAGCCUUUUAUCUUCAAGCACAAGACUGUCUCAAAAUUGAGCAACAAAGUCAAGAAACAAGAGUUCAAGAAACAAGUGAGUGAGGCUACUACAUUCACACACCUGGCUGCCAAUMUGGAGGAGAUAAUUCAGUGGUGCGGAUCUGAAAGAAUGAAGAGGACAAARCGUCUCCUUACGUUCCUGCAUUUAAAGUGCCAAAAGAUGAAGUGUCUCGAAKCAGGAGGACACAAUGUUCAGAGGAAGCUUCGGGUUUUCAGACGAGAAGUGUGCCAGGCUGUGUCUCCCCAGGGAUCAGCAGUGAGGACUUUUCGUUUUCCGGCCGUAACGAAGAGGAUCACUGGCCGAAGARGUCAUUCUGAAUCACUCUGGAAAAGAUUUAUGUUAUCUAGAGCCAGGUCUAGUUUUAAGAGGACAGUACUGCUUGGACAGCAAAAAGACUCUGGGCCAGUGGUGUAUUUUAAAGAUGUCGGGAAAAGCAAGGCUUCAAGCAGGAGUGCAUUACAGAUUAAUAACCCAGAUAGCAAUGAAGACAUAGAUGAUAUAUUUGCAAUUGCAGGCUUGUAAUGCUUCAUAGACAAGACUAAUGAGUUGACAACAUUGAGUGAAGGUCAAUCAUCAAGUCAGUAGUCAAUGUGUGAAUUGCAUUUAUGCUAAGUGUUGUAUUAGAACAGAUACAUUUACAUUUUAUACCUGUUAUAUCGCUGCACCUGAUCACACAGGACACGGAUGCAUUUCUGUAAUUUUGUACAUGAAUUCUGUUUUAUUCUGAAUUUUUGGAACAUAAAGAUUCUAAGAUAAUA